ACACACACACACACACACACACACAAACCCCAGAGGACAAGAAUGUCAGCCGAGUGACUCCUCUUGUUCAUAGACGAUCUUCGGCGCUAACUAAAGGGCUACCGCUAGCGUACAGCGGACACCGGACAGCGGGCAGCGUCGUUCCUCGCGUCGGUAUGAUGCCAUGCGACAGCAACAUGACCUCCAUAGUGCAGAGAAUCGCUCGGCAGGCUCUCCUCACCUUCCGGAGCCCGCCUCGGAUCGGGGAAGAGGCCAGUAAAUCCUUCCUGGAGAACCACAGCAAGCUGAAGAGCCUGAUGACGGAAGUGCGGGCGGCGGACCUGCAUCUAGUCCCGCGGAGAGCCUCCGACAGCCCGCCCGCCGUGCCCGUUCCGCCCCCGGUCACCUACAUGCACAUCUGCGAGACGGACCAGUUCAGCAUGGGGGUGUUUCUGCUGAAGAGCGGCGCCUCCAUCCCGCUGCACGACCACCCGGGGAUGCACGGCAUGCUCAAAGUCAUGUACGGAAAGGUCCGGAUCAGCUGCUUCGACCGGCUGCAGCGGAGCCCGCAGGCGGCCCAGCCGGGCGCGCUGCGGCGCUCCGUGCUCCGCUCCACCGCGGAGUACACGGAGGACAGCGACCCGUGCGUCCUCUCCCCUGACCGGGACAACCUCCACCAGAUCGACGCCGUGGACGGCCCGACGGCGUUCAUGGACAUCUUGGCCCCGCCGUACGACCCGGACGACGGCAGAGACUGUCACUAUUACCGGGUGCUGACAGACGCGGAGGAGGGGGAACACACGGAGCAGAGGGAGCAGAAGGAGAAGGAGGUCUGGCUCAUGGAGAUCUCACAGCCUCCGGAGUUCUGGUGCGGAGGGGAGCCGUACCCGGGCCCGGAGGUCAGCCUCUGAGCCGUAAAAAUGUCUUCUUUUCUCGGCCUGGUCGGGUUCAUGCACCCGGUGGUGACACAAGGCCGGAGCUCAUAGACAUGUUUGGACAAACUGGGCUAAAUGAAGGGUCACACUUAAUCAUUGUGAUUUGUCAGUGUGCAUGUGAAACAAUUACAGUCUAGAGUCAACAUUUUGGCUUUUAUUUAUAACCAACAAAGAAUGUAAUUUCCACCUGCUCCUGUAGAGAGAUGAUACAGCACAAAGUUAGGUGAGCUCAUUGUUUGGCUCAGUGGUGAACAGCUGCAACUCUGCUUCUCAAAGGUGAAAUAUAAUAACUCAAAGUUUCCAUUUCACUUGAACAAAAAUUGCAGCUUCAGGCGCCUCUAAACAACAUCCAGAUCCCCCCUCUGACUCUUUUUUUAAGGAUUAUUAAUGUCAGGAAAGUAGAUCAUUCAAUAAUUUUCUUGCUCUUGAUGCAUUUACAGGUCAUCUUUAAUGCGAGGAUGCUAUUUGUUGAGUAUUAGGAAAUGAAAUCACACAAAACAAGACAUUUGAGACAUAUUAGAAGACAUUAAUUAGAAAAAACUCGAAUGUUUUUGUCUCUGUGGGAUUGUAGAUGUUUGAACGAAACACUAAACAACAUCCUGAUCUUAUCAUCAGGAAAGCAGAUAAUUGAAUCAUUUUCUUGCUUUUGAUGCACUCGCUGGUUCUCAGUACUGCAGGAAUGCUAUUUGUGGAGUAUUAGGGAAUGAAAUCACACUUUUAUGAUGCUUUUUUUUUUCUCCUCAUAAUCAUGUCAUUUUCGUCCAUUUUGUCGUCCUGUGUUGUUUGUGAACGAUCUCUUAAAGUGAUCCCGGCGUGAGGGGGGGAGAAGACGAGUCCGUCUCUGAGCUUAGAAGCAACUAAAUCUCAGGACAUUUUGUGUUUGACGAUCGACAGCUGUAACUGGAGAAAGAGAGGACUUUCACUUUUUUGCAGAUCUUGAAAAGAAAAAAAAAAAUGCUGCACAGGUCGACAGAAGCGAAGUGUGUUUUUGGUAGAAGAACGAGGUGGAAGGUUUGACUCCUGCAGCCUCAUCUUUAUCCCCCAAACAAAAAUGUCAAAAACUAUGAAAAUGACUUCUUUUUUUUUUCAGCUUCACCACAUGCACGUCUGGGUUGAUUUGAUGGAUUUAUCGUGAUUUAAAUGUGGGUUUUGUAAACAUUGUGGGCUGAGAUUACGACCCUGUGAGGUGCUUUUGCGUGAAAGAUGCCAACAGAUGACAAAGUCGAUGGUGUGCAGGAUGCUGCGUUCAGGAGAAGUCGGGAAGUCUGGAUUUGCUGCUUGUAUCUUGGUUGAAGUGUAAACAUUACAUUCUGUGCUUUUAUUCACCAUUAAAUGCACUAAAUUUCAUAUUUCAGUAUCACAUGACCUUCAAUCUAAAGCAAGCGAUUUUUUUUUUUUUGUAUGAUAGUCGGAGUCAUAACCUGCUAGUUGUGAAUUCCAGACGUCUGACUGCAUCUUGAACGCAGCGAAUGAGCUGAGUUUUAUCUGCAGAAGGUUGAUGUGCAUAAAAUCGUCUUCCUGCUUCA